CUGCUCCGUGGUUAUUUCCCACUCCCGUGCUCUGGCUUUGCUUCGGCGUGGACUCAAACUCGCUCAGGUUACGGAAGCGGGCAAGAGAGAGGGCAGCUCGCUGGCAGCCAUCCAUGCGCGCACCGCGCUGUUGUCUUAAUGAUUCAUUUGGAGCUGCGACUUUAAGCUGAAGCGGCGGAUAUCUCCCAGCUGCUCGGUGCGCGGCAUACGGACUGAGCGUUCACAUGCGAUUCUGAGUUCAGUGUUCUGAUUCUGGAGCUUUUUUUUGUUUUUGUUUUUUUUCUGCCGACUGUCAGUGACGCAACAUCUCACACAGGCUGCAUGAGAAAUCCAUGCGUAGAAGGGCGUGAACUUGGCACCGGCCAACAUCCUCCCUCAUAAAUAAAGCAUCUACUUAUUCAUAAACCCCAAGUCGCGCAGUUUGCCGCCUCGCAGUCGUUCAGCCACGCCGGAACCCCCGUCCUGCUGGAAAUGAUGGAUCUGAAAGCGGACCCGGAGGACACGGACUACAAGCAGCCGGCUCCCAUCGAAGUUUUCGCCACCAGGUCCACGCUGCACGGCAUCUCCCACAUGUUCACCUAUGAGCGAAAGUACGUGAAGCGCAGCCUGUGGAUCGUGUUCUUCAUGGCGUCUCUGGGCGUGCUGGUGAUGGUGUGCGUGGACCGGGUGCAGUUUUACUUCGACUAUCCCCACGUCACCAAGCUGGACGAGGUGGCCGCGUCGAUGAUCGUGUUCCCCGCGGUCACCUUCUGCAACCUGAACUCCUUCCGUUUCAGCCAGGUGACUCCCAACGACCUGUACCACGCCGGGGACUUCCUCGCCUUGCUCAACGGCAGGUAUGAAAUUCGAGACCCACAUCUGGUUGAGGAAAGCGUUUUGAGGAUCUUGAAAGAGAAGACAGACUUUGACAACUAUAAGCCCCGACCUUUCAACAUGCGUGAAUUCUACGAUCGAACGGGCCACGAUAUUAAGGAAAUGCUGCUUUCCUGCUCCUACAGAGGGAUGGAGUGCAGUGCUGAACACUUCAAAGUGAUAUUCACGCGUUACGGGAAAUGCUACACCUUUAAUUCGGGCCAAGACGGGCGGCCCCUGCUGGUGACGAUGAAGGGUGGAACCGGCAAUGGCCUGGAGCUGAUGUUGGACAUCCAGCAGGACGAAUACUUGCCUGUAUGGGGAGAGACUGAUGAGACGUCAUUUGAAGCGGGGAUCAAAGUUCAGAUCCACACCCAAGACGAGCCGCCGUUCAUUGACCAGCUGGGCUUUGGAGUGGCGCCGGGAUUUCAGACCUUCGUUUCCUGUCAGGAACAACGGCUGACGUACCUGCCCCCGCCGUGGGGGGACUGCAAGUCCUCGGCGAUGGACUCAGACUUCUUCAGCACGUACAGCAUCACCGCCUGCAGGAUCGACUGCGAGACCCGAUACCUGGUGGAGAACUGCAACUGCAGGAUGGUCCACAUGCCGGGAGAUGCCCCAUACUGCACCCCGGAGCAGUACAAGGAGUGUGCAGAUCCUGCCCUGGACUUUCUUGUUGAGAGAGACAAUGAUUACUGUGUGUGUGAGACCCCGUGUAACUUGACUCGAUACGGCAAAGAGCUGUCCUUCGUGAAGAUCCCCAGCAAGGCGUCGGCCAAGUACCUCGCUAAGAAAUUCAACAAGACCGAACAGUACAUUGCUGAUAACAUUCUGGUUCUGGAUAUCUACUUUGAGGCGCUGAACUAUGAAACCAUCGAACAAAAGAAAGCCUACGAGCUGGCAGGCCUUCUGGGCGAUAUAGGAGGGCAGAUGGGUCUCUUCAUAGGAGCCAGCAUCCUCACCGUUCUCGAGCUCUUUGACUAUCUGUACGAGGUGCUCAAGUACAAGCUGUGCAGAUGCAUGAAGAAGAAACACAAAGGCCACAGCAACAAUGAUCGGGGAGCUGUGCUGAGCCUGGAUGAUGUGAAACACCAUGCUCCUUGCGACAACCUGCGCACGCCAUCUACAUAUCCUGGGAACGUGCUACCUCACCAUCCGGGCCAGGCCAACUUUGAAGACUUCACUUGCUGAGCGGACCUCAGCGAAGCAGCAACCGUGCGUGUUAUGCAACCAAAGCCGACCGUACAGCAAGAACUAUGUGACGCACAGACAGCCAGGAGCUGGAGCCGACGGAUACAACAGAGGCACCUUUUUUUUGCAUAGAAACUAAGAAAAAAAUUUAAAUAAAAUCAAAGGAUUCUCAAUCCAAAGGCCAAGUAAAGAGAAAGCCCUGAAUAUUACGAAGUACAUUUGGAGUUUUUAGUCGGACAUUUCACGCAGCGCUCUCUUUGUGUUUUCCUCUGGAAUACUGCCACGACGGAUACGGGCGGAGAAGAUUUGCCAACAAGGGGACUGUCUUACACACACACACACAAAAAAAAAGCAGAGAGAGAAAAAAAAAAGAAAAAGCAUACGUGUUUACUGGGAGAUGUACAGUGAUUUCACCGCAAAUAGAAAAGAGCCUCCAUGCCUUUUAUGUGACACAGCAACAACAUGACGCAUCCACACGAGCCCCACGCCUGCUUCUGUGACGAUAUUCAUGACGCUUACUCCACUGUACAUGUAGCAACACAAGGAAAGGGACAGCUGCUGUGGUCAGUUGGAGAAUGUAUCUCUGUUCAUGGCUGAUGGGGACAUUUACGCUGGGUGGAAGGGGGGGGGGCGGGUUAACGGCUCCACAGGGGCAACAUCUACCAUUUGAAAAUGUACUGGUGAAAAUUUCAGGUCUCAUUAUCAUGGUAAUGCAUGCUUGUAUUUGUCAAGUGCAUGUUUUUUUAUUUUUUUAUUUUUUCAUUUCUACAUCUAGUUGAUUUUGUUUAUGUCUUCAUGUAAUAAACAUAUAUAUCUAUAUAUAUAUAUAUAAAUAUACAUUUACAUUGUAAUUACCAGGUCUGCCUCAGUGAUAAGCAGGUAAAGGAAGAUGAUGCAUUUCUUAUAGUUCUGUUUCAGCUUGUGUGUGUGCGUGCGUGCAUGAGUGUGUGUGUGUGUAUGUGUGUGUGCGUGUGUGUGUGUCCAUUUUGUCCAGUCAGCCGUGUUUUUGUUAAUUGUGCAAUUCUCAGUUUUUCACAUGUGCCAGAUGAGUUGAAGAAUCUUCGCUCAUCUUCAUUUAUGCUCAUAUUGACCUUGAUGAGAGGUGAUUUUUAUUUUAUUUUAUUUUAUUUUAUUAGCAGUAUUUUAUUUCUCUUUCUGUUCUUUUCUGAACAGUAUAUUCAUGAAUUACUUGUAGUUCUGUGGGGCUGUUAGACAUUCUUUUUUUUUUUGUAUCUGUGUUCUAGUUGCAAAAAUCUUACCGAAGCACAAUAUCGCAAGUAUGUAGAGGUGACAUAAAAGAAAAUGUACUAUUCUUCUUGAUAUAUGGUUAUAUUAUUAAUAUCGUGUUACUACCACUUUCUUUUCUGGAUUGGGGGUGGGGGGGGGGGGGCAUUUUUUUAUUUUUUUUUAAUCAAACUUAUACAGUUUCAACCGGCUCUGUCUCAUUCCAUUCAGUUUAGAGCCCUGUCUAUUUAGUUAUCGAAGAAUAAAUAAAAUGUAACGAGCAUUUUUUUUAAAGUUGCUUGUCUUGUGAGGAUUUCUUCUCAGUAGCAAAUUUACUUUUCGAAGCAUUUAUAUGGUUGAGCAAACAGAGGAAAAACAAUGUAUUUUUCAUCACCAAAUAGAGUGAGCAUUCAUUUUUAAUCACAAGUAGCUCUUGGGAAAUCUGAUUGAGCGUCAUCCGGCGCUACCUCUAAUCAACAUGUAAUCUGGAGUGUUGCCUUACAAAACGCUUUCUUUUGAAUUAAACCAGCAUCAAGUGACAAAAAAAAAGAUGGUUUAGAGGCAGGAGUGUGGUAUUAUACAAGAUAUUGCUUAUCUCUGUCGACCAUUCAUUUGUACCUCAGCGAAAAACGCUGCAAGCCACAAUGUUGGUGUUUCUCCAGCCUCUUGCUGUUAAAAUGUGAUUACACUUUCAGUAGACAGAUGACAAAAAGGGAUGGAUGGGGAAUAUCUUGCACUGCCAGUUUAAGUUUAAUCAAGAUCGUCAUUCAACCAGCAGCAGAAGAGCUAUGGAGCUAAAACAGUGACGGCUUGCAGCGACAUCCAAGAGAGAUUUGGCAUUAUGAAAUCAAACGCUGAAAAAUGAAACAUUGAAAAAUCACCUGCA